AUGGAAAGAACAUCAAAAUUGUUAAAUAAUUUACGAUUGAGACGAUCAAUAUUUCAUUCACAAAUGCAUAGACUAAAAAUUAUAUCUAUCAUAUUAAAUGUUAUAUUAAUAUUUAUUGGUUUAAUUAUAUUUGGAGUGGUAUUAUCUGCUAUUAGUUAUCCAAUGUGGUUGAAAAUGUUCAUUUCAUUACAAAAAAUUACAAUAAGUUAUGCUAUCAUUAUAUGGAUUAUAUUAUUUUCAAUUGCUUCAAUCACUUUAGGCAUAAUUGGAAUAUUUGCUAUUCAUCGUAAAGCAACAUUGAUUUUAGGAUUACAAAUAUUUGCUUUGGUGUUCUUAGCUGUAUUAGAAGCAGGCAUUCUUUAUACUAUUCUGUCACAAUGGUUAAGACAUUUAGAAGUUGGUAUAACAUUUGCAGUACAAAUGUUUCAACCUGGAUCAGAAAAUGAAACAGUUAUGGCUAAUAUACAAGAAGCUCUUCAUUGCUGUGGUAGAGGAUCUUAUGGAGAUUAUGGAGUAGCCAAUGAAGCUAUACCAAUACACCAUGUUCCAUAUUCAUGUUGUGAUUUACAAACCUAUACAACUGAACACUGUAAUAAUGCAUCAACUUUACCAAAAAGUAAACUGUCUGCAAUUGCAGAAUCAACUGAAAUAAAUAAACUUAUUUAUGUUAUCCCAAAUAGUUUAGCCUACAGAGAAGGUUGUGUCGAUCGAUUACAAAAUGUCUUUUUACCAGUAGUUAUUGGCUGUUUCUGUCUACUUAUAUUUAUAAAUAUCUUAGUAACACUAAUCAAUUGUUGUUAUGUACAAAAGGCAGCAGAUGAAGAAGAGAUUCAAAGUACAUGGCUUGAUUCACAAAAUUUUAUUAAAGGAACAACAGAAGCCUUCUGCCUUCGACCUCAAACAGAAUCAGAGGUAACCAAAGAUACUUCAGUAUCAAACUUUUCAGACUUAUUAGUGUUUCAAAGGCAAUUAUCACGUAGGCGAACUAGUUCCAUGCCAUCGGAUAAACAAUAA